AUGGCAAUGGAGAAGUAUCAGAUAUUCCUUCCUGUCUCUGACCCAUCAAGUCCUUCAUCACUAAACAUGGCAAAUCGUCAAAUCUAUUUUCAUAGUGACAGUGAAAAUGGGGUCAAGCCAGAAAGUAGAAUUCAUCAUUUGGAUGCUCAAAACAGUGUUUCUCAGACCAGUAGAGUCUCUAACAAUUCUGAGAUUAAGGUGAAACCAAGAAAGAGAGUAGGGGAUAAUAAUGAGUGUAGAAAGCAUAGAUAUGCAUUUCAAACUAGAAGCCAAGUUGACAUACUUGAUGAUGGUUAUAGAUGGAGGAAAUAUGGGCAAAAGACGGUUAAGAACAGCAAGUUCCCAAGAAGUUACUACAGGUGUACAUAUAAUGCGUGCAAUGUCAAGAAGCAAGUCCAACGCAAUUCUAAAGAUGAAGGGAUUGUUGUUACCACCUAUGAAGGAAUGCAUAAUCAUCCAUCUGAGAGGUGCUCUGAAAACUUCGAGGACAUCCUGAGACAGAUGCAAACUUACACUCCUUUCUAA